AUGUCUGCUCCUAGCCGUCAGUUCGGAAAACUGUCCAUCGACACCCAAAUGCCCACAACAAGACGCCAAGCACAAGGGCGCUCAGCGGAGAAACCAUCGAAACCAGGUACCGCUGCCUCGUCUUCCGAUGAUGAUAGCUCAGAAGAUGAGCAAGACCAACCGUCGUCGCGUUCUCAGCCUCGAACACAAGGCUCUCUCGCGAAGGGCAAGCAAAGGGCUAGAUCUGAGUCUUCCUCCUCCUCGACCGACACGUCAACAUCGCCCAUUAUGUCGCGUGCCUAUAAAACACGUGAUAUUCUAUCGACGUUUGAGGCCGACGUGCUACCAACCGAGUUCCGUCCUGAUAUAUUCGAGACCAUCAGUCAUGUUCGUUCACCUGCUGAGUGUAUGAUCCAACUAGACCUUGAGGGCACCAUCUUCCGACUCGCUGUCAACGACCACGCUAUUUACAGGAGUCUGAGUAGAGCACAGCCCGUACAAGCACGUGCUGUUGACUUAUUCCAAAAAGUUACCAAGCGGAUUAGGAUUACGCUGCUGGCAUUUGACGAAUACGCCAAGAACGGCACCUCGUCAGCACAUCUUCCUGUGCCUCAUCCUUCGGUGAAGGACCUCGGUAGUCGCCUCCAAGAAUAUGUCGACCUCAUCAAGGAUGAAGUGCGUGAGAGACAUCCCCAUGGUGGUGAACGAGCGGCAGAAUGCCUCAUCUUCCUCCUACGGGACGUUUGCAAUCGCAACCAUGACGCCUUUGAGAACAGCACAUGGGGCCGCAGAGCUCCUCGUGGCGAAGAUGAAGAUGAGCGUAACCUCUUCCAGUGCCUGAUCGGUCAUCCUUCUGUAGGCAGGCCUCCAUUUGCGCUGGACGCUCUGAGAAUUCUACCAAAAGCGGUACUGGCAACGGCUAGCAGACACGAGCAGCUGGACGAGAUUCGUGGCCUCCUUCACCGUCAGCAAGCUCCUCUUGCGUACCGUCGUGCAUUCCAAGGAAUUUUAGAUUCAAUUACAGAAGCUACGAGUCCAACCGCUGGACCUCAUCCCGGACAGAAAAGACCCGCAGCUGGCGCUGGCCGAGGUGGGCAGAAGCGUUCGAAAUAG